CAUCAUCUUUUGCAUCAUCGUUCCCACGAAAGAAUCGAACCGAUACAAUGCCYAUGUCUUCCUCGCCACACUGUUUUGGCGUUGCGAGUGUUUCUCCAGUGCAGCCACAAUUUGAUUUUGAAACAAAUUUAAGUUAACACCAUGAUCUCAUCAUCUAGCAAACGCCAAAUGGCGCUCCUAGGAUUCCUUUAUUGGUCCUCGACUGUGCAAGGAUUCACAGUUCCAAACAGUCGGCAUCUCCCAGCUUUCGCCGCAAACAAUGCUGCUGCUGUGAUCGCGACCACGAGGUGUAGCAGCAGCUUGGCCAUGUCUGACUUCGACUUCCCAUCUGCUAUGCCGGAGAAGCCUCAGCAGACGCUCGACGAAAAACUGAACGAAUCUGCCGACGACUUCAUCAUCAACAUGGAMGAUGCUUUGGUCGAUAAAUCCACCGCUCCUCCGGAGCUCGAGGCACUACGAGAGGCCCGCAAGGCAAACGCUCCCCCUGACGAACUUGCAAUCAAGAUCUACAGCUUGAUGAUCGAACGAGCGAUGAGAUUCGAYGUCGAUCCCGAUACUGGCGCCCUGACUCCAACAGGAUUCGACAUCCCAAACAAUUUGGAAGUUCCCGAAGUCAAAAAAGAAUUCAGCCAUCUUUACUCGUACGGAAUGAUGCUUAUGAAUAAGGGACUGCUGAAGGCAGACGUUCURAAAGAAAUUGUGAUCGAGAGGCUCAUCGAGCGAACUGGUUUGACUCCAGAAGAAUUCGACAAAUGGUUGGGUUAUUGAACAUAAAUCGCUGUUCAUCCAGAAUUUAUUGAUCACAUAUCAUUCRUUGUAUUGUACAGUAAUUUACAGUAAUAUUUUUUACCAAUACUUAAUGUAA